ACGUCUGUACCGCCUGCGGCCCGUGAAAGGGGAUAGCGAAAUAAUCUAACCUCGUGUUUGUAUCUCGAAUUGAAGUGAGAUAGCGAGUCGCAGUUUCUGGACUAGCAGUAAGGAAGAUGAACAAGCUAGUGAAGUUGUCUUUAGCUGUACUUCUCCUUGCAUCUGUGAUUGCGUGGUACCAGCCAAACUUGAUAUAUAAUACAAAAGAUAUCCAUGAUUUUGCAGCCAAGUUCCCUGCAUUAGUGUCAUUAUUCGAAUGGUUCCAUGCAGGAAAAGCUACAAAUUCUAAAGUUGAAGAUGCUAGCUCUAAAAAUGGAUCUCCAGAACUUGCAGAACCUACUAGAAUCUUCACAAAAGAAGAGUUAGCAAAAUAUAAAGGUGAAAAUGGUGGUGACAUUUAUCUUGCACUAAUGGGCAGAGUGUUUGAUGUCACCAGAGGAAGAGAUUAUUAUGGUCCAGGUGGUGGCUAUGCCUUUUUCAGUGGAGUUGAUGGUUCCCGGGCCUUUGUUACUGGUGAUUUUAAACCUGAAGGUUUGAUUGACGAUAUUGCUGGACUGGGAGACCAAGAUUAUAUAGGGCUUCGAGACUGGUUGGAUUUUUACAUGAAAGAUUAUCAGUACAUUGGUAAACUGCAAGGGCUAUUUUAUGAUGCUGAUGGGAAAACAACUGAAUAUUAUCAUAAUGCUCAGCAAUGGAUUAAAGAGGCUUCCAAUCAUAAAGAAGAUGAGGAUUUGUUUAAGGAAAAGUUUCCGAUGUGUAAUAUAGAGUACAAACCAGAAGAAGGCUCUCGCGUAUGGUGUUCAACGAAGAGUGGUGGUAUUCAAAGAGACUGGGUAGGAUUUCCUCGUUCUCUUUACUCGGCCGAUUCAAAAAAAAUUCGUUGCGCUUGUGCCCAAGAAGCAGAUCUGAACGAUUCUUUACUGAAAGAGUAUCCAAACUGUCAGAAGGAUGCGACAUCAUGCAUGCUUCCAAAAUAAUGACUGUUUUCAUUGAUGCGGUUAUUAGGUUCUCAUUAAUGACGUCCUUUGUUGCGCUUUUUCAUUUCUUGUGUGCAAUUACCAAAUGGAAUUUGAUAGCAUUGGUUACAGUAUAGAUUUUAAAAAGGGUCUUGGUCAGAAAUAACCACACGUUUGUAUUUUCAAGUCAAAACAAAAUGAAAAACAUAAAUGAUA